CCGUAUGACCACCGUAUGGGAAAACGCAUUUGUCUCCAAAAGUUACGAUUCUGACAUCCCCUUGUUUUCUACUUCCAAAGCCCCCCGCCCCCCGACUCAGUUAGCCCAGACGGCUAAUUCGAAUGAAAUGCCGUCCUCUUGUUGGGAUUCUCCGCUGAGGGUUCGCCUGCCCGGCUAAUAACACGGCGUUUGCUUUAGCAUUAGCCAUCAGCUCACCGCCAUUGACAUUUCUCCGACAUGAGCUGUCGCCCUCUUUACUUUACUUUUUGCCCAAACGACGUUUAAUGCGACGCGACCAUGGAGACCGAGCGGAGCAACUGUAGGCCAAGUCCGGUAGACAAUCGAUUCUCCAUCACAACAACAAUAUGAUGGACAGCUGUGAACACUUUGCACACUCUCAUCCAUAAGGGUUAGGCCAAGUCCGGCGUCAUGUCUUCAGGUUCUGUAUGGACAAGGGCUUGCGCUGAUGACAUGGACUUUGAAGCGUCCGAGGACGGUCUCAGCACUGUCGCUCCUGGGGACCACCCAGCGAACAGCAAUGAUGGCAUGUCCGACUUCUCCAACAGUGACAUUUCGCUCCCCGAAGUCUGUGUCACCACCAACUUUGAGGAGACCAUGACCAAUGAGGUCCAGCAAGCCUAUAGGAUCUUCUCUGGCUUACUUCUGGACAAGCACAAGGCACUUACCGGCCUGUUCCUCCACGCCGUGGGACAUCAGGAGGUCCAGUGUGGUGUCGGUGGUGUCUGCGCUCCUGGUCAGGCGAGGCUCAAGCAGUCCAUGUGCUUGCGGAGGAUGGAGGAGAAGUUUGUCAGCCUGGAGUAUCAGAGCAUAACAGAGUUUGUGGCUGACUUCAGGCUGAUGUUGGAGAACUGCUACCGCUACCAUGGCGUGGACCACUGGCUCUCCAAACAGGCUCAAAAGCUGGAGAUUAUGUUAGAGCAGAAGCUUACACUACUGUCCAGGUACACACAUAAUUCACUGCACUCUGUACGGUGCUUGUGGUGUUGACAGUGGAAAAAGCAGGGUGGUAAACAACUCAAGAUGAUAUAUAGAAAGGUCGGUAUUGCAAUUUCUAGUGGUUGGAGUUCACAUCUAGCUGCUCAACAUAAAGUACAAUUAGUGCCCAAUUUAAGAUAAAGAAUCGUUUGUGAUAUAUUUUCAGUAACAGAGAUCGAGCCCUCCUGCGAAUGGCAAAAAAAACACAAUUGA